AUGAAACCCAAGCCAGAUGAAGAGAUGGACGAGGAAAAUGAGGAGGAAGAUGAGAGCGAAGAAGACGAGGAUGAAGAGGAGGCAUCCGGUGAAGAGGAAUCCCAGGAAGACGAAGGAUCGAAGGCCGGAAGCGGGGAGAAGAUGACGAAGAGGAAGAAAGCGACGGCGAAGAACCUCCUCCAGUCAACUGCCGGCAACAAAAUGGCCAUAUUGAUGUCACAAAGCAAAGAGGAGCAGGAGAACGACCCGUUCUAUACCGAGGCUUUCAUGGCGGAUGACGUCGAAGAAACCUUCAACUCGCCUCGAUCCUCCGUUGCCGGCGACGAGAGUGACGAGGUCGACUCCGAUUUUGACGACCCAGAGCAAGAGGAAGAAAUUGAGGUUAUGCCAAUGGAGGACGAAUGGGAUCCGAUCCGAAUACGGAAGCGGAAGCUGACGACGGGGGAGGAAUUCAGCCCUGAAGAAUUGUUUGCGAAGAUUAAGGAGCUUGGCGAGAGAAUCAGUCAGCCAUACAUACGACCCGAGCCGACGCCAGAGGAGGAAAAAGAACAAAUCAGGCGGAUGGCGGAGGCAAUGGAGACUGAAAAGACGAACAUACAACGUAUGAAUUGGUUCGCCGAUCUCGAGGUGGAAAGGAAGAAGCGGCGUCGAGAGGCGAUCCUGAGGAAUCCGCUUGUCGGCCCGUAUAUAAAGACGAUCAGCGACGAGAAAGGGUACCGGAUCAUCGUACCGGAAGUGCACAGGUGGGAACCGGCUGCCCCGGUCGUCAAAGUCGUUUGCGCAUAUUCCGGAAAGCCAGCGAAGUACAAAGACCCGGUGACCGACUGUGGCUUCAGCAGCCUACGCGCCUUCCGCGCCAUCCGUAGUGAUUACAUCGGGAAGCUGCUCCAGCACAAGAAAGAUCCGAUCGUCAGCAAAUUUUUCGAGGAGCACGAGGUGGUGGAGGAGUCCUCACGUCUUCACGUGUCUUCUAGCGCUUGUCAAUUGGUGCCAACGCCGCUUUUAAGCCGAGGCCCCAGCCCAUGUCUCUCCGAAGUGGGCACUAGCUGCCAGCCGCCCGAGCACACGAUCCAUCCAACGAUCGCCGUAGAGGAAGAGCUUGAAAAGAAGGAAAAGGAGCUGCACAUCGCCGAGCCGCAAUACGCAUCGAAAGAACUUGCCAAGCUUGAAUACCUCCGCCCAAAACCUGCCAGCCCUGCCGGCGACGAAAGCCAAGAUGAA